CAGCGCUGGAAAUAAUGUCCCAUUUAUCUGUCUGAGUUUAACUGGAGAAGGACUGCACGAUGCUGCUGCUGCUGCUCACUUUUCUGAUCAUUUGCUCCAGUCCGACAGUUCUGGGGCAACAGGAGGAAUCCCUGUUUGAAGAUGAUGUCGACCUCGCAGACUUUGAUUUAGACAUUGCGCCACGCAGGGUCCCACGGCAGGUGAAAACUAUCUUAACCAAGGAGACUAAGCCUCACAUCCAAGAGCUCUCCAUCAAGACCACCAUCAUCUCCCGCUACGCCUUCACCGCGGUGUACUGCGCCAUGCUCAACCGACACUCCGCCGCCGCAGAGGGGGUUUUCAGCUUCCAGAUCCCCGCCGGAGCAUACGUCUCCAACUUCACCAUGAUCAUCGGAGGGCGCGUCUACCAGAGCGAGGUCAGGCCCAAGCUGAAGAAGGUCAAGCAGGAGAACGGAAAAGCCCGGAACAAAGAGUCAGGUGAAGCAAGCCCAGAGCAGGAGUUGGAGGUGUUCAGGAUGUCGGCCAGCAUCCCGGGUCGGAACCGGGCCGUGUUCCUGCUGACGUACGAGGAGCUGCUGCAGCGGCGGCUCGGACGCUACGAACACGUGACGAGCCUGAGACCGCUCCAGCUGGUCAGCCGCCUCAGCCUGGACGUCACCAUCGUGGACCACUCCCCCAUCACCCACCUCCAGGUGCUGCCGCUGCGCAAUGGCAGGAGCACCAACUCCGGAUCUUCAAAAACACAAGUGAAGAAGGACCCUCCCGUCACCUCUGUGAUCAAACAGGAGAAAAACGUCUGCAAGAUCACCUUCGGCCCGAACAUCGUCCAACAGGCCAAGAUCACCACCAGCGGCUUGCUGGGAGACUUUGUGAUCCGCUACGAUGUGCAGAGAGAGAUGGGGAUAGGAGACAUUCAGGUUUUAAACGGCCACUUUGUCCACUACUUCGCCCCCAAAGACCUGCCGGCGGUGCCCAAGAAUGUGGUGUUUGUGAUCGACACCAGUGCCUCCAUGGUGGGGACGAAGAUCAGACAGACGAAAGAUGCUCUGUUCACCAUUCUGAAGGAUCUGCGACCUGGCGAUCACUUUAACUUCAUCAGCUUCUCCAACAAGAUCAAAGUGUGGCAGCCGAAUCGCCUCGUACCGGUGACGCCGCUGAACAUCAGAGAUGCCAAGAAGUUUAUUUACAUGAUGGUGCCCACUGGAGGCACAAAUAUCGAUGGUGGCAUCCAAACUGGUUCAGAUCUGCUUCGUGAGUACCUCUCAAGCCCUGACGCCGGCCCGAACAGCGUCUCCCUCAUCAUAUUCAUGACGGAUGGACGGCCAACGGUAGGAGAGAUCAAGUCCACAGCGAUCUUGGGAAACACUCGCUCAGCUGUGCAGGAGAAGUUCUGCAUCUUCACCAUCGGGAUGGGGAAUGACGUGGAUUAUCGCCUGCUGGACCGCAUGGCUCUGGAAAACUGUGGGAUGAUGAGACGCAUCCCAGAGGACGCAGACGCCAGCGCUAUGCUCAAAGGGUUCUACGAUGAGAUAGGAACUCCUCUACUGUCCGACAUCAGGAUCAACUACACCGAGGACUCGGUCCAGUACGUCACUCAGCAUCUGUUCACCAACUACUUCAACGGCUCUGAGAUUGUCAUCGCCGGCAAGCUUACCAACGACAGCGUGGAAUCGCUCCACGUCCAGGUUACAGCCAGCAACAAUGACAAGAACAUCAUCCUGGAAACCGACAUACCUCUGCGGAACCGGCAGAUCGAGACUGAGAAACAUGUGAAUGCAGCCAGAGUAGCAAUGGCGUCUGGCCCUAAAACACCAGCGUCAGGGGUCACACAUGGAUUAGGAAUUGCUUUGGGUUCGAUAGCGGAGGACUUUGUGGAGCGCGUCUGGGGUUUCCUGAGCGUCAAGGAUGGGCUACGGUCACGUCUACGCAGCCAAACUAGCAAAGAAAGAGAAGACCACAUCAAACAGGCAACCAAUCUUUCUCUGACCUACAACUUCCUCACCCCCCUCACCAACAUGGUGGUGGAGAAGCCUGAGGUCCUCGCUGAUGGCACCAUGGCCCCGACGCCAACCAGCCCCCCAUCAUCUGGCGACGCUGUCUCAACUGUCAAUGAGCUGCCAAGUGACGCAGAGGAUGAAGAGCCACAGAGAGACAACAAAAAGCCAAGCAGUCAGAAUCUAUCUCUAGGCAACAAGAUAGGUAAAGUUGAGAGAAGACCAGACAAGAAAUCCAUCACCGUCUCCAAAACAUCAGCUGACGGUGACCCUCAUUUUGUGGUGGAGUUCCCGAUGAGUAAACUGACCGUUUGCUUCAACAUCAACGGAGAGCCGGGACACAUCCUGCGUCUGGUGUCCGACCACAAGAACUCUGGUGUGACAGUGAACGGUAAGCUAAUCGGUGCCCCAGCUCCACCCGGCAGCCACAAGAAGCAGCGCACGUAUUUCAGCACCAUCACCAUCGUGGUGGAUCUUCCGAAACGCGCCUACAUCGAGGUGACCCCUAAGAAGGUCAUCCUGGACGGGCGGGACCGGAUGGUGCUGCCCUGCCACUCCACAGUGUCGGUGGACAGCGGCGUUCUGUCAGUGUCCAUCGUGGGAAAGUCUAACGUGACGGUGACGGUCGGAGGAAACGUCAUGUUCGUGAUUCUGCUGCAUCAGUACAAGAAUCCAGCCUCCUACCAGAGGGACCAUCUAGGGUUUUACAUCGGAAACAGCAAGGGGCUGUCACAUCAGUGCCACGGCCUCCUGGGUCAGUUCCUGUAUGAGGAAGUGGGCCUGGCAGAGCUUCCUGCGGAGGCAGACAGUGAACCGUCGCCCGUCCUGAAGGUGAAGGAGCGCUCUGUGCCGGUGGUGAAGAAAAACCGGAGGAUCUUCAGUGGCACUCAGAACGUGGACUGCUGGUUUGCUCGCAACAAUGCAGCCAAGCUGAUAGACGGACAGUACGAGGACUAUUUGAUGUCACACAUGUUCGACACGGGGGACUGGCCACACGGGACCAACACAGCAUAAACUGUAGCAUACAUAUUUUUACUCUGUAUCCAUAUCACAUCUCAGCAAAUAUUUACAAACUUCACAUUUCAGUUUUCUGUCUCACUUUUGAAUAUAUUUUUGUACUAUUUCUAAUGAAAAUGUAAUGUUUUAUAUUGUAUUAUGUGUAUUAUUUUUUGUGUAAUAUUGUUAUUGUAAAUAAAAAAC